UGAAUGUUGUGAAAUUUGUUAGAACUGAUCAUUUUUUCUCAAUAAAAUAUGAAUGAUAAUAUAGUAAUAAAAUUUCAAAAAAUAUGUAGAACCUGUGUGGUAGAAAAAGAAAAUUUGCAAACCAUUUUCCACGUUAUUGAUAUAUUAAAAGAGUGUACUUCAAUACAAAUCAAUAUGGGUGAUGGAUUGCCAGAAUUAAUAUGCGCAGAAUGUCUUGAUAGAUUAAACAACGCUUUUGAAUUUCGAAAACAAUGUGAAACAUCGGAUAAAACUUUAAGACAAUUAGGGGGUAUUGGAGAAAUAUCAGUUAAAUUCGAGGAAAAUGGAGUAUCAAAUGAACCACCAUCAUUUGAAGAUAAUAAUGUUAGCAACAUAGAAGUCGAAGUAGAUAUUAAAUCAGAAAAUUCGUUUACAAAAAAUGAUUUUGAUUUGAAUGAUACUUGUGAUAUAACAGACAGUGACGAUGACAGUGAGGAUGAACCUUUGUCACAAAGAAUAAAAAAACGAAACCAAAAUGACGAUAAUACAUUCGCGAGUAUUGAUGUUAAAUCUGAAAAUACUGAAGUUAAUGCUAUUAAAUCGUCUGAUGAAAGGAAUGAAAAAUUAGAUGAAGUAGAUAGCGAAAAUGAUUCGUUAGCUAAGGCAAAGAAAAAUCGUAAAAAACAAAAUAUUACUUCAAAAAAGAGGUCAAAAGAAAAAAUUCAGGUUACUCCACAAGAGGGUACACCAUGUCCAAAGUGUAAGGAAUGUUUCGAAUUACAAUCGGAUUUAGAACUACACAUGAUUUUGCAUGAGAAAACUUUAAACUGUACAAAAUGCGUGAAAAGUUUUAAAACACGAAGAAGUUUCACUCGGCAUGUACGUAAACAUAUGGUUAUUAAACCAUAUAGAUGUACCAUUUGUACCAAAGGUUUCACUGAAUCAAGUUACUAUGUUCGACACCUACGAGUACAUACAGGUGAAAAACCAGAAAUAUGUUCUGUAUGUGGAAAAACGUUUGGUGACACUAGUGGAUUGUGGUCACAUAUGAAAACACACACACAAAGAAAAGACUUUAAAUGUAAAUUUUGUACGAAAUCAUUUUCACAUUUAUUUAUGUUACGGCGACAUAUGUUAACGCAUACCGGUGAAAAACCAUUCUUAUGUAAUGUAUGUGGCAAAGGUUUUACACAAUCAUAUAAUGUCACAAUGCAUAUGCGUAAUCAUACUGGAGAACUCCCAUAUUUAUGUACAAUGUGUGACAGACGAUUUAGAUUACGCGAUCAAUUGAAAAUGCAUGAACGUACACAUACUGGUUACAGACCCAAUGUUUGUAAAAUUUGUGAGAAAGCUUUUGCAAGACCGGAAUCUCUUGUAAGGCAUAUGCGGUCACAUACUGGUGAAAAACCGGAAAUAUGUCCAGUAUGUGGCAAACGAUAUGCAGAUUCAAGUGGUUUAUCAUCACAUUUACGUACACAUAGUGAUGUAAAAAAAUUUAGUUGUAAAUUUUGUCCAAAGUCUUUUUCGCAUUUAUUUAUGCUUCGAAGACAUACAAUGACACAUACUGGAGAACGGCCAUAUUUAUGUCCGAUAUGUGGUGAAAGUUUUACACAAGCACAUUAUGUAACAAUACAUAUGAGACGGCACACUGGAGAAUUACCUUACGUCUGUAAAAUAUGUAAUAAACGUUUUAUAUUAAAUGUUAAUCUAAAAUUACAUUUACGAACUCAUACUGGUGAUAAACCGUAUGUGUGUAAAAUUUGUGAUAAAGCAUUUGCAAGAACUGAAUCCCUCACUAUACAUAAACGAAACCAUACUGGAGAAAAACCAUUUAUUUGUGAUAUUUGUCCUAAGAGGUACACAUCAUCAAGUAGCCUAGCAAAACAUAAACGAAUACAUAAUACUGAAGAGACACCAAAAGUUAAAACGGAAUAUCUAUUCACUCCCAGAUUUAUAAACAUGGGCGAUGGUUUGCCAGAGUUAAUAUGUUUGGAAUGUCUUAAUCGAUUACACAAUGCUUUUGAAUUCAGAAAGCAAUGUAAAAUUUCGGAUAAAACAUUGAACGAAUUAAAAGACUCUGUUAAAUUUGAAGAUAAUAAAUCAUUAAACAAGGAAACAGACAUCGAUUUAAAAUCAGAAAAUUCUUAUAGUAACACAGAUUUAGAUCUUCAUAAUUUUAAUGAUGAUAGUGAAGAUGAGCCUUUAAUUAAUAGAAUUAAGCAAGACAAUAAUUUCUCAGAAAACUUAAACAACAACCAAAUAAAUACAUUCAACUUAGAAAGAGAGAUGAAUGAAUCGAACACAAAAUUAAAAAGAAAAGAUAUAAAUGCUAUUCAAGAAGGCUUACCUUGUCCAAAAUGCAAACGCAGUUUUGAGCUAGAAUCAGAUUUAGAAAUUCAUAUGAUUACACAUCAAGUAUUUAAAGAACUAAAGUGUCCAAAAUGUUUUAAGAGUUUCGAAAAUAUAAACAAUUUAAAAAGACAUCUUAAUAUUCACAUGACUAAUAAACCAUACAAGUGUAAUGUUUGUAAUAAACGUUUUGCUGCACCAGGUGGACGUAUUCGACAUUUACGAGUACACACAGGUGAAAAACCGGAAAUAUGUCCAGUAUGCGGUAAACGAUUUGUAGAUACAGGUGGUUUGGCGUCACAUAUGCGGUCACAUAGUGAUGUGAAAAAAUUUAGUUGUAAAUUAUGCCCAAAAGCAUUUUCACAUUUAUUUAUGCUUCGAAGGCAUAUAUUGACACACACCGGAGAACGUCCGUUUUUGUGUACAAUAUGUGGUGAAAGUUUUACACAAGCACAUUAUGUAACAAUACAUAUGAGACGGCACACUGGAGAAUUACCUUACGCCUGUCAAAUAUGUAAUAAACGAUUUAUACAAAAUGAUCAGUUAAAAUUACAUUUACGAACUCAUACUGGUGAUAAACCGUAUGUGUGUACAAUUUGUGAUCAAGCAUUUGCAAGAGCUCAAUCUCUUACUAUACAUAAACGAAACCAUACUGGAGAAAAACCAUUUAUUUGUGAUAUUUGUCCUAAGAGAACUUGUAUGGCGGAAAAGGAAAGUUUACAAACAAUUUUUCAUGUUAUUGACAUAUUGAAAGAAUGUACUUCAUUGCAGGUGGACACAGGGGAUGGUUUACCGGAAUUAAUAUGCUUGGAAUGUGUUGAUAGAUUAAAUAAUUCUUUUGAAUUUAGGAAACAAUGUAAAAUAUCUGAUGAAACAUUAAGAGAAUAUUUAUACAAAAGUAAUUUAUCAUCUAAUGAUAAUAAUGAAGAAACAAAUUAUGAUAUUAAAUCAGAAAGUUCUUACACCAUAAAUGAGUCAGAAUUUCAUGAUUCUAAUAAUCAUAAUACACGUUUCAUAAAAAAAGAUGAAGAAAACGACAUUUCAUCCCAAUAUGAUGAUGAAGAAUCAAAAUUAAUUACUUACGAUGGUGAUAAGGAAUCUGUAAAGGAGCAGAAAAGAGGUGUAUUGUCAUUAAGGCAAAAAGAUAAAAUUGACAAAAACAAAUGUAAAUCGGUUUUUGAAAAACAAAAGAAACGUACAAAAACGUUUAAAAAACAAGUAAAUUCACAAACCAAAGGAAAAAGAAAAUCGAAACUCAAAGAUGGCCUACCUUGUCCAAAGUGUUCACAAUGUUUUGAAUUAGAAUCAGAUUUAGAAAUUCAUAUGAUUUCGCAUCCAAAAACUGAUGAAAUUAUUUGUACCAAAUGUUCGAAAACUUUUAGUAAUUUAGCAUAUUUACGAAAACAUGUUACAACUCAUUUGAUAAACAAACCAUAUAAAUGUUUGUAUUGUUCCAAAAGUUUUGCAAAUGCUGGCGGUCGUCUUUCACAUUUAAGGACACAUACAGGAGAAAAACCUUAUGUUUGUUCAACAUGUGGCAAAAGAUUUUCAGAUUCGAGCGGUUUAUCAGCACAUAUGAAAUCACAUAGCGAUGUAAAAAAUUUCGCAUGUACAUUUUGUCCAAAAUUUUUUAAAUUUCCAAAUGAUCUUAGAAAUCAUUUGCGUAUUCAUACGGGUGAAAAACCAUUUUUAUGUACUGUAUGUGGUGAAAGUUUUGCUCAAGCAUAUUGUGUCACAAAACAUAUGCGUAAACACACGGGUGAACGGCCCUAUUCAUGUACAGAAUGUAAUCGAAAAUUUCGUUUAAAUCAUCAAUUAAAAUUUCAUAUGAGAACUCAUACUGGUGAAAAGCCACAUGUGUGUAAAAUAUGUGAAAUGGGUUUUGCUAGGCCUGAAUCUCUUGUGAGACAUAACCGCUCUCACACUGGGGAAAUGCCAUAUACAUGUGAUAUUUGUUUUAAAAGUUAUCCGGUAUCGAGCAGCUUAACAAGGCAUAAACGAACACAUACAAAUACAAAAAUUUCACAAAUAGGCAACGAUGCAGUUAUAAAAAAUAUCUCUGAUCAAUCCCAAGUUCAAGGAAUGGUAGACCGACCUGUAACUAAUACACCUUCACAAUCUUCAUAAAUAUAUUACAUUUACGAAUUGGAAAAAAAAAAUGUGAUGCAAAAUUGAUAAAUAAAAUUUAUUUUUGUAACUUUUACAAAUACAUUACG